AUGUUUCUCAACCUUCUCAAGGACAUAUCUGUUGACGAGAUCACCCCUGGUCUCUUCGUAGGCAACAUGGCUUGCGUUGAGAGCGAGAGUGUCCUGAAAGAGCUCAAGAUCACUGCAGUUGUUUCGGUCGUUUCGAAAUAUCGCAAACCGUUUCCUCAGCCCAACACUCCAUACGGUCUAACGGGACCCCGCCGCCAUCCACUGGAAAAGCUGUUUAGCUUGCAGGACCGACUCGUUAUUUUCGUUGACGAUACUCGCUCGGACAAUAUUUUCCGCUACUUCGAAGCCGCCUGUCAAUUCAUCGACCAUCAGUUGCACCACGCCAGUGUCAAGGAACGGGCCGGUUUUGACGCAAAGGCUUACAAUGAGCGAAGAGGUAGAAGCUCCAUGCCCAGAGAGAACGUGGCCAGGAAGACCGGCCGUGUUCUCGUACAUUGUACCCUCGGCAUAUCCCGGUCCGUAACCAUCGUGGCGGCAUACAUCAUGUGGAAGUGGGGCUUCUGCGCAUCUCGGGCGCUUCAACACGUCCAGAAGAAGCGAAGCAUGUCCUCUCCAAACGAAGGCUUCAUCGACCAGCUGCUCGUCUGGGAGGAGCUGAACUGCAACCCCUGGCUGAGUCGGCGGUUUCGUAUUCGGCCACAGGCGUACUACGACAUGACAAAACGCCUCGAGAACCACAAGCGUGUCCGGGAGGUCACAAAGGCCAUCGAGAGAGCCGCGAAAGAGAACUCCCCCAGGGGCAGAGCCCCCACGAAGGGCGGCACAAGGGCGCACAGCAUGGAGAGAAACACAGUCAGAUACUUCACAAGGGCCAGGCAUUAA